UCGUGUUUUCACGUCACCUUUCGGACAGAGCUCAACGUGGACGUGAAAAUCUGAAUCUCUCUCUCUCUCUCUCUUGCUGUCCGAUUCCGACAGAGAGAGCGACGAUUCGGGCAUGGAGGAUCCUUCAAACGCGAAACCGAACCCGAGCAAUCACCACCGUCCACAAUGCCCUACUCCUCCUUUGGCGAACCCAUCUGCUGUUCCUCCGGCGCCGACUCCGACGCCGUUCCGGGGUCCGUACCACCGGCGGGCACACUCGGAGGUGCAAUUCCGGCUCCCAGAGGACAUGGAUCUGUCGGACCCAUUCGGCGGAUUCGAUGACCUCGGAUCCGAGGACGACCUCUUUUGCUCGUACAUGGACAUUGAGAAGCUCGGAUCCGGAUCCGGAUCCGCUUCUGAUUCGGCCGGACUGAGAUCCGAUAACCCUCUUCUGGGGGAAAAUGGCGGUGGAGGCUUUGACGAGGCGGGAAAUUCCAAGCCCAGGCACAGGCACAGCCUCUCCGUUGAUGGGUCUUCGUUGGAGUCGAUCGAAGCCAAGAAAGCCAUGGCUCCUGAUAAGCUCGCCGAGCUCUGGGUCGCCGACCCCAAAAGGGCUAAAAGGAUCAUUGCAAAUCGGCAAUCUGCUGCUCGCUCGAAAGAGAGGAAGGCUCGCUAUAUAUUGGAGCUCGAGAGAAAAGUCCAGACCCUCCAAACCGAAGCUACGACUCUGUCGGCUCAACUCUCUCUGUUCCAGAGAGACACGAAUGGUCUGUCGUCUGAGAAUACAGAGCUCAAGGUUCGUUUACAGACCAUGGAACAGCAUGCUAAGCUGCGAGAUGAACUGAACGAGGAGCUGAAGAAGGAAAUUGAUAGGCUGAAAUUCGUAACCGGAGAAACACAUGGCGAUGCCUAUAACCUCGGGAUAGCACCAGGCUGCAUGCAAUACCCUCAGUCGUUCUUUCAACCUCUGACUCGGGCGGCAGCGUCCCCUUCCAAUGCUCAGAACAUGCAGAUGGCUCCUCAACAGUUUCACCUCUUCCGACCCAACAACGGCAUUCCAAACAGCGCAAACAUGACGGCCUCUGCCCACCAGCCGCUGCUGAAUUCCUUCUCGGAAGCAAUGCAGUACGACCCUCUUGGCCGGUUACAGGGGCUCGACAUCAGCAGCUGUGGCAGAGGCGGCUCCAACUUCGGGGGGAGGCCAUCCGACUCCGUCAGCGAGAGCAGCAGCACCAUGUGAGGCCGGAUUUCGGGGUUUUAAAUCCUUUUGUCGAUAAACCAUUCUUUUUCAACACCGCCCAAAAUUCAUAGCUGGAAGGCAAUCCCCCCAUUGAUGGAGUCUGAUUCUUUUCUCUGUAAAACUGGAUUUUUUUGGGUUGUUUCCAUCUGGAUUUAGAGACCAAAGGGUGUUAACUUGUCUGACUUUAACGAGCCCCCGGCUCGUUUGGAGAUCUCGUUCUUGUGGAAGAAGAAUAUAUGUUCUUGCUGAACAGAGAAUAUAGCCGUUGGGUUUGUUUCCGUCGUCGUUGUAUCUGUUGAACUUGAAACUGGAAGUGUUUGCA